AUGCAAGCCAUCCGUGUCCAUCCAGCACCACCAUCUGCAACACCUUAUUCCCCAACCAACCCCGCGCCAACAACAGCUCUCCACAAUGACAAAAUCCCCAUCCCAACUCCGACAGCCCCAAACCAGCUCUUAAUCCAAAUCAAAGCAACAACCAUAAUCCGUGACAUGCUGACAUGGCCCGAGACAUACUACCAGCCAUACACAAUCCCAGGCCACGAUUUCUCAGGCACAGUAGCAUCAGUCUCCCCAGGUUCAACAACAACCCUGAAACCCGGCACCGCCGUCUUCGGCAUGACAUCCGCAGACCACGGCUCAACAUGGGCGUCGUACGCGCUCGUCACUACCGAUGAAGUCGCAGUGAAACCAGCGAGUCUCGGGUGGGAAGAGGCCGCGGCAUUACCGCUUAGCGCGCAGACGGCGUACGAGGCACUCUUUGUGCAUGCGGGUCUUCAGCCUCCGCUUUUGGGCGGAAGUGUGCAGUCGGAACCGCAGCAUCAACAGGGGAACAAUUAUCAGCAGGCUGGUCAGCUGGGAAAGCGUGUGCUUGUUACUGGUGCUGCGGGCGGAGUUGGGGUUUUCCUCGUGCAGCUUGCUGCGCGUGCUGGGUUGCAUGUUGUUGCGGCUAGUGGGUCUGUUGCGAGGAAUGGGACGUUUUUGAGGGAGUUGGGGGCUGACGAGGUUGUUGAGUAUGCGGAUUUGGAAAGUGGCCAGGAGGGUCGGUUUGAUGCUAUUGUUGAUUCGGUUGGUGGGGGGGUUUUGGAGGGAUGUUGGGGGCUUGUGAAGGAGGGAGGUGCUUUGAUAUCUGUUGAUUCGGCGAGCUUUGAUUUUGUUGAUGUUCAUGCGAAGCGUGGGUUGAGGAGGGAUGGGAUCAAGGCGUUGUUUUUUAUUGUUGAGGGAAGUGGGAAGGUGUUGCGUGCACUGAGUGAGUUGACGGCGAGGGGGGAGUUGCGGUCGUUUGUUGCUGCUAGUUUUGGGAUUGACCGAGUGAAUGAGGCUUAUGAUUAUGCUAAUGGUCGGUUUGACGGUCGAGGGAAGGUUGUGCUUACAGUUUAG